ACGUCAAAUCUAUGCGUCAGGAAAAACAGAAAAUAAAAAUACACCGUAAGUUUAAGGUUAAUCGACAUUGGUUUCGGCUCUUCUUUUCUGUGAGACAGACAGCUGUCAAUGUCCGUUCCCCAUGUCAUUCUCCCAGAUCACCCAGUCUUUGUAUCUGGGUGGUGUGGACACAGUCGUCAAGCCCAUCGGUCUCUACAGUAGGAACAUAACACUGAUUGUCAACGCCACUGCAGAGCACCCCUGUCCUCAGUAUGAGGGGGUGGAGUGUUUCCAGGUACCCGUACUGGACCAGCCUCACGCCCCCCUGGCCUGCUACUUCGAUGCUGUUGCAGAACGUAUCCAUAACAACCACUCAGGGAGUACGCUGGUCCACUGCACUGCAGGCCGGAGCCGUUCUCCUACCCUGAUCAUGGCUUACCUGAUGCGGUAUGAGGGGGUAUCACUGCGCCAGGCCCAUGAGUGGGUCCUGAAGUACAGACCUCAUAUCCGACCCAAUGCUGGUUUCUGGAGGCAGCUGAUGGAGUAUGAGAGGAGGCUCUAUGGGAAGAAUACUGUGAGGAUGGCUGCUACCUCCUGUGGUGUGCUGCCUGAGGCUCUGGAUGGACAGGAGGCUAUUUACUGUGUGAAUGGGUGAUGGUAUGUGUCCCAAAUGGCACCCUAUUCCUGAUGUAGUGCAUUACUUUUGACGAGCCUAAACUGAAGAGUGCUAUUUGGGAUUUGUCAUAGAUGUAUAUGAGAAAAUAAAACCAAUAGCUAUAAAAAAAAAUAUUUAAAAAUCUGAUGU